ACUUUUCCAAAGCCCCUUUCAGUGUUUCGUAGGUGGCUUAAACUACAUUUCCCAUGAAGCCACCGAGGUACCUCCGCACUCGCCGUAUCCAGGAAGUUGAGAGUAGUUGUCAAGUAAACAUUUAACUGCACCGAGUGGUGACAAACAUGGAUGAAUUAUCUUUUUCACAAUACGAGGGGAAAGGUCGGAGUAAAGCAAGGCGUUUUUUUGCGACGUCAUAUUUCCAUCGUAGGUGUUAUUAGCAGAGAAGAAUGGAUCUCGCGUGUGUAAAACGGGAGGUUCGGCCUGGUUCUGGCCGGGUUCAGGUGACUGUGAUGGAUGAAUCAGGCCCCCUCAACCCAGCUCCUAUCACCAAAGUCCGUGAGGAGGCUGACAAAACAGUGGAGCUCUAUCCGCUCCAGGAGAGGCUGGAAUUACUGUGUGGAACAAAAGAUCUGUCACGGGUGACCUCCCUGGAAAUCUGCGUGGAUACUCAAGAAAACAGCCUGGGUAACUUUGGUUCUUACUUGCCCAGGCUGGUGCUGCUCAGAAUGAACAACAGUGUACUCACAUCUGUACGAGACCUGGGAAUCACCCUAUCCCACCUGCAGGUUCUUUGGAUGUCUUGCUGCAGCCUACAAGACUUGGAUGGCAUUUCGACUCUCUCUUCUCUCAGGGAAUUGUACUUGGCCUUUAACAAAGUGACAGACUUGAGUCAGGUUGGCAUGCUGGAGAACCUACAAGUGUUAGAUCUUAAAGGAAAUAAUGUAGAUGACCUUGUCCAGGUUCAAUAUCUUGGGUUGUGUGGCAAACUACAGACCCUCACCUUGGAAGGAAACCCUGUGUGUCUGCGGCCAAACCCCACUACCACACAAAUUGACUAUAGUUAUUGUGACGUAGUGAAGGAGUUGGUUCCACAGCUGCGUUACCUUGACAAUGCAAGAGUGGAGGAUGGCAGGUUGGGCCCGAGCAGCACCAUGUGGGAAGACUGGGCUAUUCUCCGAGACUGCCUAAGGGACUCCUCUCCAGCACCGACUAAAGACCAAGCGGAGGCAAACUGUGCAUAUAGCCGGCCCAACUCAGCCAGGCAUCCUGCCUCCAGCUUCCAGCCCCUGUCAUCGGCAAGCACAACUGGCUCCAGACCUGUAUCGGCAACCUCAUCUGGGUUUCUUUGCUCCCCAGUGCCCACACCUUGUUCUGUGGAUUCAGACUUAGCUGAAGUCGAAGAAGACAGCAGCGUCUUGACGCAUGGAGCUGGCAAGAUUCUGUUCUGUGGAAACCCUGUCAGGGCUAUACGAGCAAGGCGUGAAAAGUUGAGGACUGCACCCUGUAUGUCGACCUUUAACCCUCAAGACACUGAUACGAAAGAGAGUGGUGAUGUGCUUGCUGAAGUUAGAGCUUGGAGGGAGAAACACAGCAGGCGUCUCCAAGCAAUACAAAGAGAAAGAUUAUCGCAGGUACUGGUUGUUCGGCAAGGCAACGACAAUGAAGAGGCCGAUGAUGAUGAGGAGGAAGCGGAAGGAUUUGAUGGUAUUAGCAGCAACAGUUGUGCUGAAGAGCAUUGUGUGGAUAGCCUAGACACAAGCCCAUCUAAAUCAUCAUAUAUCAAGUCUGUUUGCACAGAUGAGUUUAAAUCCAAGUCAGCUGAUGUGGCUCAACUUUUCUGUGACAUCACACGUUCGCCUUGUCCUCCUCUAAGUUCCAAAUCAGCCUCUGUGAGGAAGAAGCCCAUAGGAAUCCGUGCACGUAGGAUUCAAUUCAACCUGGCCAAUUCAGAACACAAGCUUCAUUCCUGCAGUGAGGGGCACAAAGUUGUGAAGGCCACAAGUACUGCACCGACAGACCUGCCUUUUGAGCAGCAGGUGACAAGGACAAAUACAUUUCGUCCAUCAUCGCCGACAGGAGGACAGCUCAACAAUUCAUGUAUAGAGAUGGACCUGUGCAGCCUGGCAACAAAAGUGAGCUGUCAAAGCUCCUGGACAGAGCGGCGGCUUCAAGUCUCUUCAGAGUGAGCACACAUUAAGACUGACACCAGAAUUAACCAAGUCCAGACUGGAGAUGUUAUUCAUAUGCUUUGUUGAAACCUCUUCCUCAAUGGUGACAAUACUCAUUCAACACUUGAGGCCCUCCCACAAACAAAGACAAAUCACUUGACAAAUAACUGUCAUUGUGUCUUACCCUGACAUGUUACUUUUACAUCUCUUAACAUGACCUUUUAAUACAAAGGAGCAACUGCAUAACUGAAAAAAAUGCUGUGCAGAAAUGAUGAAACAGCAGGCUUUUUGUUUUUUCAAUUUUGUUUUGAGGAUGAUUUUUGCAUAUUUUUCUUGAAAUAGAUAUUUUUAUGCUACCUAUGUUCUACAUUAUACGAAUAAAAAAUUUUUUUGAUUGCAUUUGAGCAAAGGUUUAAGGUUAAAAAACAGUUGGUUUGAAUGUUCUUUCUACGCUGUACGGAUUGAUGACACUUGUGAUAGUCUUAUGAACCACUUGAGGGCACUAUGCCUAAACACUACAUUGCAGCAGGCUUGAAGAGAGGACAAGGAGGCUGGAGUAGAGCAAGUUUAGCUUAUUAAUGCUGCAGAUAGCUGGAAUACCUUUUUGGUUAAAUGGCAGUAUGAACGUAUACCAAGCCAAGCUCAUGGGGAAGAUGUUAGCCUUGGUCAGGGAAACAGGAGUAAUUUAAGUCUCACUUCAUGGUUCUGGUUCAUGGUUUGCUGUCACAGUUUGCCCACCUGAGGGAGCUGUCAGAGAUGAUCAAGUUAAGUCAAUGCCACAAAUUAAAAAUGCUGUUUUUGGGACCCCUGUCAGUACAGUGCCCCUUGGUCCUCCAAUAGGUACAUAUAUGUUAAGGUAAAAAGAUUAUAGAUACUGUAAUCUAAGACCCCCAUUCAGACGUAGAACUUUCAGUGGUUUGUUUGUGUUGCUUGUUAGUGCCUGGGUCGAAAGCCAAGUGUGUGUAAUAUGUGUUAGUGCCACCCAAAAGCAUUUGCUCCCUUAUAAAAUUACCGGUCUUAUUUUUUUGCAUAGUUUCCCCACGUUAAUGUUUAAGAUGAUCAAACAAAAGUAAAUAUCAAACAACCCUAACCCGACAUAAAAUGUGUUUUUUAAAUGUUGAUUUUAUUUAACAAGGGGGAAAAGAUAGCCAAGGCUACCUGGCCCUGUGUGAAAAAGUAAUUGCCCCCUUAACCUAAUAACUCGUUGGACUACCCUCAGCAGCAACAUCUGAAAUCAAGCAUUUUCUUUCAACUGGCAAUGAGUCUUUAACAUCUCUACAGAUAUAUUUUGGCCCACUCUUCCUUGCAGAAUUGUUUCAAUUCAGCAACACUGCGGGGUUGUCGAGCAUGAACUGCCUUUUUAAGGUCAUGCCACAGCACUUCAAUCAGAUUCAAGUCUGGACUUUGACUCGGCCGCUCCAAAACCUUCCUUUUAUCUUUUUUGUAAGCCAUUAAGAAGUUGACGUGUUGGUGUGUUUUGGCUCAUUGCCCUGCUGCAAAACCCAACUGCGUUGCAGUCACAAACUGAUGGCCGAACAUUCUCCUUCAGGAUUUUCAAUUGCAGUAAAUCGUCCAGGUCCUAAAUGUGAAAAGCAGCCCCAUACCAUCAGAAUACCAUCAACAUGUUUGACUGCUGGUAUUAUUCUUUUUCUGAAAUGAUGUUACAUUUACACCAGAUGUAACAAGACACACACCUUCCAAAAAGUGGAACUUUCAUCUCUUCAGUCCAUAGAAUAAUCUCCCAAACGUCUUAGGAAUGAUUCGGGAGGUUUGUUUUGGGGUCUUUUUUGUGCAAAAGACGAGACUUUGUUGUUUUAGUUCAGCAGUGGUUUUCGCUUUGGAACUCUGCCAUGCAUGUUAUUUUUGUCCAGUCUCUUCCUAAUUGUUGAGUCAUGAACAUUGACCUUAACUGGGGCAACAGAGGCUUGUAGUUCUUUUAGCCGUUGUCCUGGGUUUCUUUCUGACCUCCUAGAUUAGUUGUGCUGUACUCUUAGGAUAAUUUUUGGGGGCUGGACACUCUUGGGAAGGUUCACCACUGUCGCACGCAUGUUUUCUGCAUUUGGCUCUCACCGUAGUUCGCUGGAGUGCUAAUGCUUUAAAAAUACCUUUGUAACCCUUUCCAGACUGAUAGAUUUCAGUUACUUUAUAUCUAAUAUGUUCUUGAAUUUCUUUGGAUCGAUGCAUUUUGUUGCAGGUUUUUGAAAUCUUUU